GAUGCAAUGCCGAUUUCAAAUCUGCAUCUGUAGUUGUGAUUGUGAAAUCCACCAUUUGCUUCAGUGGUGGCUUUCACCCAACGUGGAUUUUGAAACAACAGAACAUAACGUCCUCUUCCAAGACAACUAAUCAAACAAGGUCCUCCACGCCAAAGCCCGUAAAACCCUCGGAGAGUCGGGGCGCUCUAUCUCCUUCUCUCGCUGUGCCGAUGCCGCCAUGGCAGCUUGGGCCCUUAGCUCGGAAGGUCCUAAGCAGUGUCGGCUCCUCUUGUAGGGAGUACAGCCUCCAGCGCGUCUGCAAGGCUUUAGCCAGCGGCUCUUUCUCCCAGCGGCGGCGGAAGAAGAGGAAGGUAAGGAAGGAGAGCGCCAGGACGAAACUCGUCCAGCCCGACUCCCGGCGGAUACAGUCCUUCGAGUCCAUCGUCGAGCGAGAUGCCUUCUUCCGGUUCCUCACCAAGACGAAGGAAUUUCUCGCCAAGCAGCCGGAGCAGAUCCUCCAGCUCGACGAUGCCGGGAAGCUUCACCGGGAGCUGGGGUUCCCCCGCGGCCGGAAGGUCACCCGGUCGAUCGAGCGCCACCCGGCGAUCUUCCGCCUCUACCGCCAUACCGACGGCAAGAUGUGGUUCGGUUUCACGGCUCUGAUGGAUGACCUCCUCCGGGAGGAGAGGGAGAUCAUGGACUCCAUGGAGAAGGCUAGGGUUGACACCGUCCGGAAGCUCCUCAUGAUGUCCGCGAAGAAACGGAUCCCCAUGAGCAAGAUCAACCACUGCCGCCUCCUCUUCGGCAUCCCCGACGACUUCCGGGAUCGCGUCCUCAAAUACCCCGAGCACUUCAGGGUCGUCCAUGAGGACGGCAAGCGGAUUCUCGAGCUCGUCCGCUGGGAUCCUGCCCUAGCCGUCAGCGCCCUCGAGGCCGACUUCGUCCUGGACGAAGAGCGGGUGCGGAGGGCGUUCGCCUUCCCGGUGGCCCACGCCACCUCCCUCAAUCUCGGCAAGGAGGGCACCAGAAAACUGAACAUGCUCAACACCCUGCCUCUUGUCUCGCCUUAUUCCGACGCUUCGGACCUGAAAUUGUGGUCGCCGGAGGCGGAGAAACGCAGGGUGAGCGUGCUGCACGAGCUCCUUAGCCUGACCCUGGAGAAAAGGGCGUCCAUACACCAUAUUGUGGAGUUCAAGGAGGAAUUCGCCCUCACAAAGCACACUUAUCAGAUGCUCUUGAAGCAGCCGAGGGCGUUCUACCUGGCCGGGACAGAGAUGAAUUGGACGGUCUUCUUGAAGGAGGCUUAUAAGGACGGGGAAUUGAGCGAGAAGGAUCCUCAGGUUCUCUUCAAUGAGAAAUUGUAUCGCUACGGAUCGAUGCGGCAAUGUCCGCCUGAGCUUAUUUCUACUGAUGAUGAAGAUGGAGUUUCUGCCUAUGAUUGAAUACAUGAAUUUGGUUUUGCCUCUAGUCAAAGUGAGAGGAAUAUAAAGUGUUGUGCACUUGCUUGAUCAGAAUGAUGGCUUUCGCAUCUCCUCUACCGCCACCAAACAUUUUCUUCUUUUUUCUCGGUGAUGAUACAUGCGCUCGCCCUUCCAUUAUCGUCGUUCUGUUUAUAGGCUAGUCCACAUCCUGAGAAGGUCAUUAAUCACAGAUGAUGUAUGGCUGAAAAAGAUAAAAUUUCUGUAGUUUGAGAGAUCAACUGACAGCAGAGUAGUAAGGAAAAACUUUUUCGGUGCUUUUAUGGAGUUGAAUCCUCGGCUGUUUUCUACUACUUCUGGUCAUCUGUAACCAAACAUGGGGUCUGUCUAGCUAGUUUGGUCUUUAAUUUCUGGCAACUUUUGAUCGUGGAGGCCUGGAGGGGCUGCGUAGUUGCAUUUGGCUGAUGAGCUGCCUUGAAUUUUUGGAGAGAAGGGUAAUCCACGGUCGUAAACAACUAUUCUGUGUGUCUGUGCUUGACGUUAAUGAAGGUUAGAAUCUCUCUAGCUUUACUUA